AUGGCUGUCCAUUCUAGGAACAAGGCGCUGAUGUGCAAGGUCUUCCCGUCAAGCUUGGGACCAGUGGCGAUGAGGUGGUUUAAUGGUCUGAAGAUGAACUCCAUCGACUCGUAUAGGCAGCUAACCCAAGCUUUUGGCUCCCGCUUCGUUAUGAACCGCAAAGCCCUUCGACCUUUCAGCGCUUUGUUGUCGUUAUCCAUGCAUGACGGAGAAACCUUAAAGGCCUACUCGGACAGAUAUUGGGAGACGUACAAUGAAAUGGAAGACAACUUCGACGACGUCACCAUUAUCACUUUCAAAAACAGUCUCCCAGCCGAUCACGGCCUACGGAAGUCUCUGACUGGCAAGCCUGCCACUAGUACGCGUCAACUGACGGAUCGGAUCGACAAGUACAAGCCAGUGGAGGAAGACCAGUUACAGGGAAGAGGAAAAGAGAAGGUUAUCCCUUAA